AUGAAAACCAUGUAAUUCGUCAAUUGGCUCAUAAUUUCAUAUAACGCAAACAAAAAAAGACACCGAGCAAAAAGACCUCAGAAUGGAGAAAUUUACCAUCUCCUUCUCAACCAAGAAAAAAAAAACAGUUUCAGAAAACCAAGAACAAAAAACAAACCCAAUUUACCGUUACUCCGAUAUGAAAAAGAAAAAAACCAAUCCGAACAACUCAAAACAAACCCACCUUCUGAAACCCACCCAAGAACCAUACCCAUAUAUCAAAUCCCAACAAACAGACAGACGGACAACAGACCUUGAGAGCUUGAGAGCAGCUUCUUCCAUGGCGGAUACCAGUACCAGCAGCAACAUCAGCGGAUCACCAAUAACCCACUUAGCUCAGGACCACCUCUUCACCAUCCUCCUUCUCCUACCUAUUGAUUCAAUCCUUUCCUUUGCCAUGACCUGCAAGAGAUUCAGGGUUCUUACUUCUUCUGACACUUUGUGGGAAUCAUUGUUUAGGAGGGACUGGGGACCCACAUCAGUUGAUGUUCUCAAGUCUUCUUAUUUCCAUCAUCAGCAGCAGCAGAUUCCAUGGAUGAGGCUAUACAAACAAGUCUAUCAGCUGGAUUAUGUUUCUUGCCAUAAAUUAUCUGGCCCAGAUGCUAAAUUGUUGCUACCUAACCCCAGGGCCUCUCAUUCUCUCAAUUUUGUCUCUGAUUGCUUGGUCUUGUUUGGUGGUGGCAGUGAGGGAGGACGCCAUCUCGAUGACACAUGGGUGGCGUAUCUCGGCAAUGGUUUUCAAAGGAUGUCGAAGUGGCAGAAGGUUAAUUCAGGCAUUCCAAGUGGUCGAUUUGGGCAUUCAUGUGUUGUAAUUGAUGGUUUUCUCAUUCUCUUUGGAGGAAUAAACGACCUAGGGAACCGUCAAAAUGAUACAUGGGUGGGGCAAGUAGCAUGCCAUGAAAACCUUGGUAUCACAUUGUCAUGGAGGCUGCUUGAGGUUGGUACAACUCUUCCACCCCCACGUGGGGCUCAUGCUGCAUGUUGCAUCGAAGGCAGGAGGAUGGUGGUACAUGGAGGAAUGGGUUUACAUGGUGUCAGAAUUGGUGACACAUGGGUUUUAGAACUUUCUGAAAAUUUUAGUUUCGGAAUAUGGUACGAGAUUGUGGCUCAACCAUCGCCUCCACCUCGUUCAGGACACACAUUGACCUGUAUUGAAGGAACACAAUCAGUUCUAUUCGGAGGGAGAGGAUUGGGUUACGAUGUACUUAAUGAUGUCUGGCUUCUAGACAGUUAUGAGGGUCAUCUGAAGUGGUUACAAAUACUCUAUGAAUUACCAAGUAUUCCUGAAGGAGUUUCCAUUCCACGAGUUGGUCAUUCAGCAACUCGAACCUUAGGAGGCCGUCUGCUAAUUUAUGGUGGUGAGGAUUCAAAUAGGCAGCGUAAAGACGACUUUUGGUUGUUAGACAUAAGUGCAGUUCAAUCCAUAAGAGUGCAGCCAGCUAGGGUGAUCUCCAAGAAACUAUUUGCUAAAAUGUGGAAAAGGGUGAAGGCAAUUAAUGAUAAACCCAAGAGCCGAUCUUUCCACCGUGCCUGUACUGAUCAUUCUGGACGUUAUUUGUAUAUCUUUGGUGGAAUGGUGGAUGGUGUACUUCAGCCUGCUGAAUCAUCUGGGUUGAUGUUUGACAGUGAACUUUUUCUUGUGGAGCUUGUGCUUUAAGAUCAUGCAACAAAAGGAACAGCAUCAACCAUGUUGCUUAUUGGUGGUAGCUUCGGACGGAGUAAAAUCAAUGGUGCUUUUGGAAAAUGCCCUUUCUUGUACAUAGUAGCUUUGUAUUGUCACCCAUCAACUGCGAGUUUCCUGCAUAAUUUGGUAAUGAAAAUGGUAAAAAGCAACUCCAACUUCAUGUA